CAAAACCGUUGUCAUUUGAGUUUGUGUUUGUGUUUGCAAUUUCUGGGAGAAUGGUCUAAUCCAAAACCGUCUUAGGUUCUCCUCCGAUCUCUUCUUCGUUCCCCAUGUUAGAGUCUAAUCAAAAUCCUUCUUUGGUGCUCCUCGCUUUCACUGCCCCGAUCUCUUCUUUCUCCGCCGGUGAAAUUAAGGUUCUGAAAUCAUCCUCGAUUGGGUCAACACAAUCAAUCACGAAUCAUCAUCGGCGAUCAGGCAAUCUUGGUUGGCUCCUCCAAUUUCAGAACCAGUUUGUGGAGCAUAAGCCAGAUUCUGAGGACUUGACUGAUACAGCACACGUUGACCAAUGCUGCUCUAUGUGUCAUGAGAGAAGUAGCCUGGUUCAACAAGAAAACAGGAGCACAUAGUCCCUUUACAAGCAACAACAAAAGCUUGACAACAAGAAAACAAGAGGACAUAGUCCCUUUACAAGCAACAACAAAGCUUGA